AUGGGGACUCUCAACCCGAUCAUAGAGGACAUGGAGGACACGGAGAUCAGCAGUUGGAAGGGUGUCUUUCACAGGCAGCGCUCAGGUUCCAGCAGCGGACGCUACCGAUGGUGCUGCUGCCGCUGCUGCCCACGCUUCCGGAGGUUUUCUCUUCACGAACAGUUGUUGUUAUCUCCGGAGGCUGACUCGCUAUCGGCCUCCCCGAGCUGGAAGCUCAAGAGGCUCCAAGAGUCCAUAGACAAUGGCGUCCACGCCCUGGGCGUCGGCUUGGGCGGGGCCAUGCCCCGCGUUUCGAAAUUUGCCCGGGCUCAGACGGUGCGUUUCAAGGACAUGGUCGCAACUCCAACCAACAUCGCCCUCCUGCUCGGCUUCGCGGUCAGUAUGCCGGUCUCUGUGGGCCUCAACUACACCCGCGCCUACACCCUGAACGAGACCAUCUUCAAGACGGACAUCAACUCACGGACGGAGGCCUUGUCACGACUGGCCGCCAUCCCGGUGGUGUGCGCCUCCAUCAACUGGUUCGUGCAGCACCUUCGGAAGACUGUAUUCUUCUGGGAGAGACGGAACGAAGACAGGUUUCUGCCCCUCUACACUGGCCGGCACAGCUGGUGGGACUUGUGGUCUCUGGGCCCCAUGACUAUGGCAUCCCUGUUUCUGAUACGGAAUGCUUGCUGCCACAUGCUGGAGGACCACGUGGCUGAGCAGGUUUACUUCUGCUUCACUGGUGGCAUGGUGCUUCUGGCAGUUUACGGCUACUUCAUGGUGCUGGACAAGAUCGACGACAACGUGCAGAACAUGAUCAUGGACCAGGAGAUCAUCAACCAGAGCAAGUGCGUCCAGAAGAUGCAGGACAUAGUGACCAAGAACACGCGGACCCACAAGAAGGAUCGGGACAUCGUGUACAGCUUCGCGCACACGCACACGGUUCCCGCCAAGGUUCUUCACUAUAUCUGGUCGAUCUACUACCUUGUAGGCAAGAUCCUGGGCGCGCUGAUCGUGAUCGCCUACUUCGCGCAAAUCGACGCGGACACAAUCAACCGCUUCGUUCUCGGCAGUCUGCUCCUGUCCGGAGCUGCCUCGGGCGGCUUCAUGCUGGAGCUUGGACCGAGCACGAUCAGCCUUCUGCGAAUAGCCCUCUACAAGCCUUUCUACGUCGGGGAUCUUGUCACACUCAACCACACUGGGGCAUCUGGGAUGCAGAAUGCCCUCGUCGGCUUCGUCGAGAACAUCACCAUGAUGUAUGUGGUGAUCCGAAACUUCGAGAUGAAGCAGGUCUGGGUCAGCCACAAGGCCUUCAACGAGCUGAUCAUCCAGAAUUGGACUCGAAGGCCCACCAAGACGGUCCUGCUGAACAUCGGGAUCAGCACGCGCAGCCCCCUGCAGAAAGUCCAGAGGCUGCAGGAGUUCGGCAAGCGCUGGAUCAAGGAGUCGCCGGACAUUCAGCAGGACAACUACCAGAAGUGCCACAUCACGUCGACGAGUAAUGGCUACAACAUCGAGAUCAUUUUCUUCCCCAUGGUGGGCGUGUCCCAUAGGCAGAUCCGGCAGAAGUUUCUCAUCGCCUUCAUGGAAGCGGCCCAGCGGCUGAAUGUGCCGUUCGUCCCGCUCCAAAUCGUGCAGAACUUCUGCGAAGACGUGGAUCCAGGGGGCGUCGAGGCAAUGUCGGCGGCUACCUCUGUUGCCAAGGAGGUGGGGCUGGACGACCUGAUGCCAGAUCCGAACGACCGGCUGGAGAGGGGAAAGGAGUGA